AUGGGUUCAAUUGAACUAGAUUUGAAGCGGGAAGAAGAGGAAAUUAACAAUAAUGUUGUCAUCAAGAAUGUCGCACCAACAAAAAGAAAAGAGUUCAAAGAAAAAAUGUUCGCAGUUAGAGAAUCCUUGUUAACGACAGAAUUUAGAAAUGGUAAUAUGCAGAUAGUGCACAAUUGUUUUUGCGCAGUUUUUAUUUUAUUUUUUCUCAGAGCAACGAUCGAAGAUGUUUUUAUUCAUAAAAUGCCACUUUACCAUACCUGGUUAAUCUGGUGGAAUUUCGAAAAAUUUAUUCCAACAAUGAUGGUUUGGACCGGAAUGUUCAUCUCUACAAUUGGUGUAUUUUAUGCAUAUCGGCUAUGGUCGACAAUUUCAACGAAUUCGGACAAUGUCAAACAUCAUAUUCCAUUCAUUAUUGCUUACCUCGGCUAUUUGACUGCUUUCUUUGUCUUUCCAUUGAAAUUUCUCUUCGCGCAACAACUCAAUUGCGCGUGUUCCUUCAUUAUAACAUGUGAGACGACCAGAAUUGCGAUGAAAGUGCACUCGUUCAUUCGAGAAAAUUGGACCAGAAGUAUGCAAAGAAAAAUGGGCUUGAGUAAUGAAUGGCCAACAAUUCAACAAUUUGUCUACUACCAAUUUUGUCCUUCAUUCAUUUACAGAGACGAAUAUCCAAGAACCGAUACACGCGAUCUCAAAAAAGCUGGAUUUUAUUUUGCGGAAUGUCUAGCAAUUAUUGAGUUUGUAAAUUUGGUCUUUACUCAGUGGGUUUUCCCAUGGCUUCACGUUCAAGAGUACCACACGUUGUCUCUCCCCACAAUCGCUCUCUCACUAUUUACUGGAAUUAUUCCUGGUAUUCUGUGCCUUGUCUGCUUGUUCUACGGCCUUCUACAUUGCUGGCUGAAUUGUUUUUCAGAGCUGCUACAGUUUGGAGACCGACAGUUCUACAUGAACUGGUGGAAUUCAUCGAAUAUGGCUGAAUACUACAGAAAUUGGAACUUGGUCGUUCAUGAUUGGUUAUACGCUUAUGUUUUCCGUGAUCUCUCGGCAAUGAUUCCUGGAAGAAAGGGGCUUCGAAUCGGACAGCUCGCCGUAUUUUUCCUUUCCGCUGUAUUCCACGAAUAUUGGUUUGGAGUCGCCUUCCGAUGCUUUUAUCCAGUAAUGUUCUUAUUAUACUUUGUGUUUGGCGGUAUUUUCUUUGCCGUUUCUCGACUUAUCACAAACCGAUCAGCGUGGAACACAGCUCUUUGGUUUAAUCUUCUCAUUGGCACUGGAAUGUUCAUAGCAUUCUAUGGACAGGAAUGGUAUGCUCGGCGAGGACAUUGCGUAGCUUAUUCUAAUAUAAUUGCUGAUUUGAUUCUACCGCGACAUUGGAGUUGUCAGAAGCCUUUAUGA